AAAUUAAAAAAUUGUCGUCGUGUUUCCUCGUGUUGUGGAAAAUAUUAAAUAAAUCAGAUUUUAAAGGUUUUUUUGGUGCUACACACCCAAACGCAAGCUAAAUAGGCUGCGACAUCUGGAAGAACCCAAGUUCACAGUCCAUACAACACACCAGAAGCGUUUUUAGACUCGCAAAUCAAAGACCUUGGCAACAAGUAACUUUCCCCCUCUGGCCGACAAAAUGCACAACUUUAAGCAGAGAGGCACGAACAGGGGCAAUCAGCGGCGACCAAGGGCCAGCACCAACCAUGCUGGUGACGUUGUUGCUGCAGUUGUGAAGCCCGCAGAGAUUACACUGGACACGACCAACGACGACAACGCCUGUGUAGUGUGCUUCAAGAACUUUGACAUUUACUCUAUUGGAGAUUGCGACCACCCCGUGUGCUAUGAAUGCUCGACGCGAAUGCGGGUGCUGUGCCAGCAAAACGAGUGUCCGAUUUGUCGCCACGUUCUGUCCAAGGUUCUGUUUACGCUGGAGAAGCUGCCGUAUCGGGAGCUGGAGGCGAACAGCCGCUCGGAUUUCUACAGCAAAAAGUAUCGCAUUGGCUUCUGCACAGCCGAAAUUCAGCAAAAGUUCUUUCAGCUGCUCGAUCAUCCGUGCCCAAAAUGCGAGGCGCCUCCAUAUCGGACGUUUGCAGGACUUCGCAAUCAUGUGCGGAGUGAGCACAACUUGCAUUACUGCGACCUAUGCGUGGAGACUCUGAAGAUAUUCACCUUCGAGCGACGCUGCUACACCCAGAGCGAACUGAGCUUGCAUAACAACAAGGGCGACCCAGACAAUCGCUCCCAUCGCGGGCAUCCGCUGUGCGAGUACUGCAAGAAGCGAUACGUGGACAGGGAUGAGCUGUUCCGCCACUUGCGACGGGAGCACUACUUCUGUCACUUCUGCGACGCCGACGGCUGCAACGAGUUCUACAACGACUACACAGAUUUGGCGGACCAUUUCCGGCAGGAGCACUUUCUCUGCGAGGAAGGAAAGUGCGCCACGGAGCAGUUUGUGGGUGCUUUUCGCAAUGAGAUUGAGUACAAGGCCCAUGUGGCCAAUAUGCACAGCAAGACGCUGAACAAGCAACAAGCCAAGCAGACACGCACUCUACAGCUCGAGAUUACGCUUGGCCCGCGCGGACGCAGCGGACAGAAUGAGCAGGGCAUUGCCAAUAUGAGAGCGAGGAAUGACGAAAACAACGACUAUUUGGAUGAUUUUGCGCCGUCGAGCUCGCAGCAGCGAGGCGGCCAUGCUGUCAGCAUCGAUGCCGGCAACGAGGAGCAGUUUCCAACACUGCGUGGCGCUGCCGCUGGUCCCAGUGUUUCAUUGGUGCGGCCGCCGCCGCCGUCAAUGCGCAAUCUUAGCGGCAGCUCUGGACUGGCGCGGACCAAAGAGAACUUUCCAGCUCUUGGCGGUGGCAACGCUGGUGCCGUAGCUGCUGGUGGUAGCAGUCUGGCGGCCAGAGCCGCUCAGUCUCAACAUCCCGUGGCAGCUGUCUUCAAGAAGUCGGCGAGCGCUGCCUCUGGUGGCAAUCGGGCUGGGCAGCCCAACAACGGAAUGCUUUUGCAUGUAUCAAAUCGUCCAGCGGCGAGCAAGAAACCAGCCACACCCCAGUUCGAUUUCCCCGCUCUGCCGGCGGGCAAAGGAAAAAAGAACAUGCGAAACUUGGAAGAGGAUAUGCUGCCGAGCACCUCUGCCGAGCACAUGACGAAUGUAUCGGCCAAGCAUCGCCUUCUGGUGGAUGACUACGUGUCGGUGGCCAAUCCGAGCACCUAUCACAAGCUCCAAAUGGUGCAAAAGGAGGAGUCCGAGGCUAAUGCACGUGCGGAGGCAAUGAAGAAGAAUGCACCAAAGCUGACAUCAGCCGAGUUUCCCACCCUGGGGCCAUGUGCCAGCACCAGCAGGGCAGCCGCCCCAAGGCCAAGCAACGGAUCGGCGGCCUUAAAUUGGUCCAAACCCACGUCGGAGAAGAAACAGCGAGAGCUGGAGAACCGCAAAGCGAAGGUGGCGCCUCCACCAAUGCUGCCGACACCCAAGAGUGUGCCGAAGGCCAGCAACAACAAUCAAGAGCCGCAGCCAAGUAAAAAGGAUAAAAAGCCAAAGGAGAAGAAGAGCAAUCAGGAGAACCAGCCAAAGGUCGGUCAACCGAAGCAGAAGGAGAAGAACAACAACAAUAACAACGAACAAAAGCCACCCCUCAAUGGGAAUGCAUCAACUCCGGCACGUACUCCGCCUGGACUUGCCGGUCCUGGUGCUGGUGCUGGACCCCUUAAGCCGCCGCCUGGAUUUAUCUCCAAUGUGACAGUUAACUCGGUGGCCAAGUUACCCAACAACCUGACAUUCACCAGUUCGCUGGGCGAGUCCUAUGACAUUGUGCCCAGCACAUAUUCCUACACCGAUCCACCAGAUACCCCAGCCAGGAAUCAGAAUUUGGUCGACAAGUUCAGAGAGAUACUCAAGACGCCAGAGGCAUUGAACGAAUUUAGAUCGUUGUCCUUCAAGUUUCGGGACGGCUCCUGCAAUGGUCAAGCGUACUACGAGCACUGCCAAUGCGCCAUGCUAGAGGCAUUUCAUGGCCUAUUUCCGGAACUGCUCGUGAUGCUGCCCGACAUCAACAAGCAACAGGAGCUCUAUCUGGUGUACAAGCAGAAUCUGAGCAAACUAUCAACCGGCCAGCGCAAAUCCCUGCCCAGCUUGGAAGUGUGUGCUGUCUGCAAGCAGGUCCUUUUGUCUGCCGACUUGGAUAUCCAUCAGCAGGCGCAUGCAAUGUCACAGAACUUUCCCAAGCUGGGAGGGAGCUCAAAACCGAAUCUACAGCGCCAUUGAGAUUGGGACAACACAACAGCCGAGGACAACAAAAGCUUUAUCCUGUAUAUUUUAAUGUAUAUAUAUAUUUUUUUUUGACAGGCCCCCUGAAUAAUGUUGUAUAUGAGAAUCAAAAUUGUAAGUUUAAUGCCCAACUAUGAUUUCGAACUUUGGAUUUGGAAUGGUUUUUAUGAAAGCGUUGAAAACGUUUCAUGCACCCCCACAGUUCAGGCAGCAAUGCGUUUUUAAAUUUUAUCUAAAAUGGCGAGCUUUUUGUGUAUCA